AUGUAUUUACGGAACACUUUUACAGUUUUUAUGAUAUCACAACUAUUGAAUUGCAGUGAACUCUUGGAAGCUGAGGAAGAGAAAGUCAGAAGAAUUGUCAAACGUUGUUUAAAAUGGGAUCCCACCAAUGACAAUCCACUGGGUUCCGUCGUCCUGCCUCAAGCAGACUGUGCCAUCAGCAUCUGGUACUUUGACGUUGCCUGUAAGGAUCAUGAGAGUUAUCGCAACAGCUUUAGAAAAUUCUCAUCCCUCGUGAAGGUGGGAGGUCACCUCAUUCUGUUUGCCCUUUUCAGUGCGACCUAUUAUACAAUUGGUGAUCACAGGUUUUCAUUCCUAAACUAUAAUGAAGAUUUUGUGAAGGAAGCUCUCAGAGACAAUGGGUAUACCACUGUGAUUUUUGAAGUAUAUGAAAGCAAAUUAAACACUCACUUAAUGGAUCAUAAACAUAUUGGGUACAUUGUAGCUCGUAAGGAAAGAGAGAUUUAACUAAAUUCAUU